AUGGAGGGUGACAUCACUGAAAAAAGGGCAAAUUGGAUCACCAAGAUCCUAGAAUAUGAUGUUGAUAUCAAGCCAACAAAGCUCGUUCAUGGGAGAGGCCUAUGUGAAUAUAUAGUGCAACAAUGUGAGCCCCACAAUGAUGAAGUGGCCACAGAGGAAACAAUUACGCUUCUGCUUGAUCUUCCAAAUGACAGCUGGAUUAAAAAGAGAAAGCAAUUUAUAAAGGUCGGGAUUUUUCCCGAGGAUCUUCCCUCGGCUAAGAGGAGAUUUUACAGACUCCAAAAUAACGGUUUUCGCUUAAUAGAUGAAACUCUUUUCAAAAGAAAUUUUGAUGGAGUCCUUCUCCGUUGCGUAGACCAGAGCCAAGCUAAUAAAAUCUUACAUGAGGUCCACAACGGCUCCUCAGAAGGCCAUUUCUUUACACCCACAAGCACCAUCAAGAUUACUCAAGCCGGGUAUUUUUGGCCGUCCAUGUUCAAGGACACACACAAUUUGGUGAGGGGAUGCAAGGAAUGCCAGUAUUACACGGGAAGGAGCAAGAAAGCUACAAUGCCACUCAGGCCCAUGUCAGUGGAAGAGCCUUUCGCUCAAUGGGGCCUUGAUUUUAUCGGAAUGAUCAACCCCCGAGUUCAGCCAGACAUAAGUGGAUCCUGA